ACGCGUAUAUAAACAUCUAUACUUACCUUGAGAAUGCUGAGUAUCCUCCAAGCUGUGGUCCACUCCCUGUGUUGAGUCGACUUCCUUCCCGGCGGACAAAUAGACUAAAAAAAAAAUGGCACCUAAGAAGGACGCUAAGAAGCCCGAGCCUCCCAAGAAAGCAGAACCCGCACCUGCCCCCGCGCCUGCCCCCGAGGCCCCACCUAAACCCGCAGCAGUAGAUCUGUCUGGCGUGAAGGUCGAUUUCAACCAGGACCAGUUGGAAGAUUACAGGGAGGCCUUCGGACUUUUCGACAGAGUUGGUGACAGCAAAGUAGCCUACAACCAGAUUGCAGAUAUCAUGCGUGCACUGGGACAGAACCCAACCAACAAAGAGGUUACAAAGAUCCUGGGCAACCCUACAGCUGAUGAAAUGGCAAACAAGAGAGUCGACUUUGAGGGUUUCCUGCCCAUGCUGCAGUUUGUGGUCAACAGCCCAAACAAGGCAACAUACGACGACUAUGUUGAGGGUCUGCGUGUAUUCGAUAAGGAGGGCAACGGAACUGUAAUGGGUGCUGAGUUGCGUAUUGUCUUGUCAACACUGGGUGAGAAAAUGAAUGAAACUGAGAUCGAUGCUCUCAUGCAAGGCCAGGAGGAUGAAAAUGGCUGUGUGAACUAUGAGGCUUUCGUCAAACACAUCAUGUCUGUGUAAGAGUUGUGAGGAAACUGAAGCGUUUCUCCAGAUUCCAUGAUGUCAGGACAUCCACACAAUAUUUCCAAAACCAACUCAGAAAUGGAUGAAAGGGACACGGAUGUUAGUCAUAAACAGUUAUUUUGUUAUUUGUGUUUCCUAUUUCUUUUGUCUGUUCUUGGAAGCCAUUGAUAUUUUUUCACAGCUAAUUUUCUUGGUGUUGUUCAUGCCGGGACAAGCCUCUCCGUAGUGGAACGGUUGUGAGGGGUGUGGGGGGGACAUCAUAGUUACACAAAAAUAUAAACCACCCCCCUUGACCCCUCACUGUCUGGAUCACAAAGUCAAAGGUGCUAAAUAUACUGCCAUUAAUAGAC